CAGGUCGGUUGAUGGGAAGCUCGUGCUACUAGGUACAUGAAGUCGGUCACACAAGCAUGCACACGCAAGGCGCGUCUACUUAACUUGAUACCCUGAUACUCCACCCCCAAGACUUGAGGGAGGCCGUUUCCCUUCAAGCCCCUCCCUCCUCCACAACCCACACAUAUAUCCACAGAGUCAGUCACCUUGGACAAGACCUCGCCUCUGGCGAAUAUACGAGCCAUCGACUUGACAAUGGAUCAGCGAUCCUCCUCACUCGACAAGGCACCGGCGGCCAAAACCCGGAACGCAGUCGCCGCCAUGCCCGAAAAAGCGGACAACGAAGCUACGGAGCACGGCUCUAUCAUCCACGGGGACGUCACCGUGCAGACAAUGAAGCCAUUCACAACUCUAUCUGCCCUUGGCAUCGGCUAUGGGACUACGAAUACUGCCAUCGGCCUGCUGUUAGUGUUUGGCAGCACGCUACCCAUGGGCGGCUCGCCGCUCUUCUUCUGGGGUUUUCUCGUUAUGGCCUUUGUCGGCCUUGCGACUGCCGUCACCCUGGCGGAGCUGGCAUCCGCUAUGCCACACCCGGGUGGGCAGUAUAUCUGGGUUCACCGGCUGGCGCCGCCGAAGUCUCGCCGGUUCUUGUCGUACAUCACGGCCGUCAUCAGCUGGCUGGCCGCCGUCGCCACGGGCUCGUCGACAUGUCUCUCUGUCCCUGUCGGGAUCUGCUCCAUUAUCACGCUUCUUGACCCAAACUUUGUGUAUAAGCGCUGGAUGGGCUUCUUAGGGUUCCAACUCCUCAACAUUGUCACCGUAUCCGGUGCGAGUUUCGAGAGUUUGUUGCCAAAGAUUUCCAAGAUCAUGUUGCUCUUCAGCUGCACUACCAUCGUCGUCAUUUUUAUAACUCUCUUCGCCAUGUCAGACGAGCACGCCUCAGCAAAGGAUUUCUUUGUCACGACGGUGAACAUCUCGGGCUGGCAAAACGGCAUUGCCUUCAUCAUCGGGAUGAACGGCGCCAACUGGAGCUUCUCAUGUCUCGACGUUGCCACUCACCUGGCAGAGGAGAUGCCCCGGCCCAGCACAGAUAUCCCAAAAGCUCUGAUGUGGACCAUUGUGGUCGGCCUCGUCUCCGGGCUCCUCGUCGUGACAUCAGUACUCAUCAAUGUCCCCGUCAUUGAUGGUGCGGACGACAACUCUGCCCUGGCCCUGUUCUACCGUAUUACAGAUAGCAAGGCUGCCGCGGUUGGUCUCUGGGUGCCCGUCAUGAUCACGACUAUCGGCGCAGUCUGGUCUAUUCAGACUUGGCAGUCUCGGCUCGCAUGGACUAUCAGUCGUGAAGCUGGCUUUCCUAUGCAUCGCCAUUUGAGCAAGAUCGCAUCGGCCCCGCUACACACGCCUACCUGGUCUCUAAUUUUCUCAGCAUCAGGGACUGCAAUCUUUGGGUGCCUUUACCUCGCAUCCGAUCUCGCUUUCAACUCCCUCAUAUCUACAGGAUUACUACUUCAAUACAUCAGCUACAGUAUCCCCGUUGUCCUGGCUUUAUCCCAAGGCCGCUCAAAAUUCAAACACGGCCCUUUUUGGUAUCCCAAACUUGGCUUUGCGGCGAACAUUGUCAUGCUUGUAUGGUCGGCAGUUGCAUUGAUCUUUUACUGUUUUCCUUAUUACCUACCUGCGGUUGCAGAUGAAAUGAAUUAUGCUUCGGCGGUCCUUGCGGGCAUUGCGAUUAUUACGGUGUCACUGUGGUUCUUUUACGCAAAGAAAAAUAAUGAGGUCAAGGAAUACCUGGGCCAUUAGCACAGCAAACCAUGUUCUCAGUCAUAUUUAUACCCAAUAAGAUUGCUCUUUUCUCACCUGAUGCCUACA